UUUAAAAGCUCAUAUGCUCCGCCUACAAAAGAGAGAAAAAGCAGAAUCACAAUGAGGAAGUGACCCAUUAGAAAUGACAGGAAGUAGAUGUGUCAUUUAGCUUUUCUACAGAGACCCUUCUCGAGAACAGGAUGGGUGAAUUGAGAUGGACUAAAAUGUCUCUUUUUCUGAUAAUGCUGCUUCAGUUUACAGCAGCCGUGACUGGACGUGAAGCCAUUGUCAAGGUUGGAGAUGAAGUCACUUUGUCGUGCGGGAAUGUGGACAAGGAUCACGACAGCUGUGACGAUAUAGAGUGGCUUUUUGCAGACUCAGGAGGCACACCAUCAGUAGUGCUGAUUAGGUCAGGGCAGAUUGGAGAACACGCCGGAGAUAAAUCAGACAGACUGAGAGUGACGGAGAAGAACUGUUCUCUGGUUCUGAAGAAUGUCACAGCUAAGGAUGUCGGUCAAUAUACCUGCAUACCGCAUACAAACUUAAUAUCUGUUAUUACCAUGACUGAACAUCAGAAGGAUGAUGAGGUGACAUUAACGUGCUCUUUGUUGAGAUAUGGACCGUGUAAACACAAAGUGAAGUGGCUGCGUGAGGGUAGAAAUGUGAAUGAAGAUCAUGCAAACGAUUCACAGCCGGGGUGCUCAGUCACUUAUUCACUCUCUGGCUCUUCUACCACCAUGCUUAAAUCAAAGCUUCGCGAGUUGUUCAAGUGUGAGCUGACUAAUCUUGAGAGUAAAAGUGUGGAGACGUUCAGCUUCAGCCGUCAGUCAUCAGCAGAGAAACCAGGUGAUGCAACAACAGCACCAACAACAUCAGUGGGAACAACAGCAACCAGCAAAAUUACAGAGACUGGAAACAUGGAUUGGUUGUUGUACAUCAUUGCGGCGACAGGUGUAGUGGUCGCACUUCUAACAACCGUCGUCGUGGUCGUCAUAUGCAAGAGAAAUAAAGGCAACAAAAAACAGGUGGAUGAAAAUACCGGUCAGAGCUUGAACCUCGCAGUGACUGAGUCUGCUCCAGAGACCAGUCGGGACACGGUUGAUCCUGAAGAUGGGGUUUCCUACGCCUCCGUCAGCUACAUUAAGAACACCAGUAAAACCUGGGUGAAAAACAACGGCGAUGAAGAUGAUACGGUGACCUACAGUACUGUGAAAGCUUCCUCGUCUUCUGCCGGGGCCCCCGAUGAUGCCAGCGGCCUCUACACCACCAUCAACAAACCACAGAAAUAAGAGACCACAGCGGCUCAGCACCGUUUCACCAGCUUUGGAAUAUUCACCGACUGGUUUUGGAGUGAACAUUGGAAUCUUUGGAAGCACAAUGAGCAGAUCUCUAAAACUAAACCAACCGGGCAAAUGUCAAAGGUCUGCAAUGUUGAAAACCUUCCGUUCACAUCUUGUAUGAUACUGGAUGUCUAAUAUUUAUGAUCAUCUCCAGGCUGUAAAAAUGUUUUUGUCCAGAAGGGGGAGCUAUAGUACUAGUUUGUAAGUAGAAACAGUGAUAUCCCAGCAUUCAUGUGUCCACUUGCUGUGCUUCUUUAAAACAUGAUGGAUUGAGGUUGAUGAGCGUUUUUGAACAUUUAUGUCCGUUUUCUAUUGGUGUGUAUAUCCUGAUAACUGAGGGAGUUCAAUGUAAACUGAAUGAAUCCAGUAAGAUUCUGUCUUCUGCUGUAAAGGUAACAUUGCCUCCACCAGCUGCUCCUGCUCAGUGUGUUUUGUUUUUAUUUCCACAGUUGCAUGAUCAGUUCAUUCUCAUCAAGUAGUGAUGUGCACAAUGUGAAAAACGUGCGCUAAAGUGCCCUCUUUGGAGCCUAGAAAGUGUGCCAAAGUGCCCUCAUGGUUGGCAAAACACACUAAAUUGCCCCAUUGGCUGGUUAAAACAUGAUAAACUGCCCUCUUGGGAGCCAAAUCGCGUGUUAAAGUGCCCUCCUUUUUUGGCCCUGCCCUUCAAAAAGUCUGUGCACGCCACUGAGAUCAAGUGCUUCUUAGCCUGCAAAGAUGCCACGGUUUCAAAUCUUGUUUCUAUAGUACAAGACAACCGAACUCCGACAAAUGUCACAUCAUAAAAUUGUGAUGCAAAAAAUCAUCAUUCCCAUUAAUCCUGAAUUGAAUUAAAAGCACAAUCUGCUUACAAGCAAACUCAAAAUAAUCACAAAAUGGGGUUUUUUGUCUAUCUAGUGCAGCCCCUGACUGAAUAUAUGAAACAAUCCUUGUCCUUACACAUCUAGAAAAAUGUUACCAAAAAAUUUAGUUUAUAUCUGUAUUUCCGAAGAAAUAAAAUGAAUAUAAAUAAGUUAUACAAAUUGAAUUAUGAGGUGUUAUCUCGCCUCUUCUGUGGGUUGGAACUGCCACAUCCUCAGAUUACUUCGGUUGAAAAUACACAAUAACACGGGACAGACACGUAAUCGGCUGCUUCGGAGAACAAUACAAUUUAAAAAACAACAGAAAGAUUGGGGAAAUUCAGAGCCAAUCCUCUUAAUUUACACAGUUUAGGUAAUAAGUGCAUACCUGUUACCUACCGUCUGCAAAGUCUUCAAGACAUCUUUGCAGCGGCCGGUAAUUGUCUCAGUCUGUUAAGUUUGGAAAUGCACUUGUCCAACUGGCUGUGAUAGCCGAGGUGGGAAGGAAGUUUCAGUGGUGAGUGGAUGGAGACAUUAACCAAUAAUAACAACUCUACCACGUCCUCGACACAGAAAAUUCCUGCUGUGGAUGAAUUGUAUGUUUAUUGUCUGAGGGAGCGACUGAAGGUGUUUGUUUUGGAAAUGACUCUCUCCACACCAUCCUAAAAAACACAUCAGUGAGUCACGCCCUUCAGAUGUUUCAGGACUAAUUCCUACUUAUAAUAUAUUACAAACAAACACAUUCAGUACAGUGUGUCUCCCUGUGUGUAAAUCACAUGUUGGACACGCAAUUCAAACAUCUUUUAACAAAUCAAUAUUUUGUGCAUCUCUUUCUGUAGUCAAUUCAACUGUUUAUCUGAGAACAUUUUCUGGGAAAUGAACCGAUCAUAAGGUCUACCUGAGUCUGCAAUGGUGGGUUGAG